CUCCGACCUUAGCGGGACACCAACAACCACUUCCGGGUUCGCACACACUCGCAGAGGGCUCGAGAUGAAUCUCUGAAGGCAUAACUUAUUUUUACAUAACCGCGCUUCUCCCGCUGAAGGGAGAAAUUGUAACUAUAAUUACAUUCAGGAGCGUUUGUUGAACGUUGUUUGCUGCUGGCGUAUCGCUCCGUGUUUAGCUGAACAUGUCUGCGGAGGAAGCGGACAAAACAACCACCACUGAUGCUAGCGCUGGAGACGAGGAGGAGGAAUGGCUGUAUGGAGAUGAGUCUGAGAGCAAAGAUGAAGACGAAGAGGCCAAACUGAAUGCUGCAGUCAGUGCACCUGCUGACGCUUCGACAGAGGAUGCUGCUGCACACGCUACAGGGAAUGGAGUGGCCUCUGAGACCACAGGUGAAGCUGCAGGUGAGGAUGUUGACAGUGACAGCGACAGUGAUGACGACGACGAUGAUGUCCGCGUCACCAUUGGAGACAUUAAAACCGGAGCACCACAAUACACAACUUAUGGAGCUCCACCUGUCAAUCUCAAUAUUAAGACAGCAGGCUCGAGACCAUAUGGACAAGCAAAGCUGAAGGGAGUGGAUCUGGAUGCUCCUGGGAACAUAAAUGGGGUUCCAGUGCUGGAGGCGGAAAUGGAGUCCUUUGAAGAGAAACCCUGGAGGAAGCCAGGAGCGGAUCUGUCAGACUACUUUAACUACGGCUUCAAUGAAGACACGUGGAAGGCUUACUGUGAAAAACAGAAGAGGUUGCGUAUGGGCCUGGAGGUGUCGACUGUCGGCUCAGUGACGAGCAAGAUCACUGUUCAGCAGGGAAGGACAGGUAAUGAGAAGGACAUAUCCAGUUUGCCCGUUCACACCUCUAAGCCAGACUUCACAUCUCCUGUCAACCUGUACAAGUCUGCUGUCACUCAGGUCACCAGGAUCUCUCCCCCUCAGUGGACUGGCCCGCCUGUUCAGGACAUGUCCUAUUAUACGAAGACGAGCGGCACUAUAGAUGUUAUCGGUGGGGGGACGGCCACCAUCAGCAGGGUUGAAGGGCGACGCAGACACAAUCUGGAGGGCAACAAUAUCCAGGUGAUUGCUGAACAGUCAGAUGCUGAGCCGACUCCAGCUAAGAUCCCUACCUUCUUCCCUCCUGGACCAAUUCCUCCAAACAUACCGCCACCUCCUUUCCUCCCUCCACCACCCAAUGUCAGCGCUGCACCCCCACUCAUUCCUCCGCCCAGAUUGCCCAUUACUGUCCCCCCUCCUGGUUUUCCUCCUCCACCUAGUGGGCCCCCUCCUGCUAUUAUCCCCACUAUGGACAGUGGUCACCCUGGAGGUUAUGAUGGACGGUCUCUCCCUCCUUACCCGUUCCCUCAAGGUGCCUACCCCCCACCCAUGGCUGGAGGUGUGCCUCCUCCAUGGCCCACCAUGAUAGACAACUCCAAAUCCUGGGACUACUAUCCCCGCCGAGAUGACAAGAGAGAAAAGGAGAGGGAACGGCCCCGAGAGAGGACGCAUGAGCGGGAGAGAGAGAGGGAACACAGCCCUUCAGCUAUGGGCUACACCAGUGAGGAGGAGCGAUAUCGUUACCGUGAGUACCAGGAGCGAGCUUACGGAGAGAGACAUCGGGAGCGAGCAAGCCGAGAGAAGGAGGAAAGACACAGAGAGAGGCGGCAUCGAGAGAAAGAGGAGGGUCGCCACAAGUCCUCUCGCAGCAGCAGUAGCAGGAGGAGGCAUGACAGCGAAGAGGGCGACAGCCACCGGAGGCACAAACACAAGAAAAGCAAGAGGAGCAAGGAAGGCAAAGAGGCCAGUGAGGAUAUCGGAGCAGACCAAGAGAACCAGGAGGGCAUGGAGUAGCGAUCACCGCCUCCUGCUUGUCCUCUUCCUCUGUCCGUCUCCAACCACCAACAUAAGAAAGAAGCAAAAGGGAGAAGAUGAGACCAAGAAAACCAGGAAGUCACAGUGAUCGAUGCGUCCUGUCACUUCCCUCUCCAUCAAUCUCAAUUCUCCUUCAUCCUCCUGUCGUUCAUCCUCACCAUCACUUCAGAUGGAGAAAGGAUGGAGCAGAGGAGGUGGUGAAGGAGGGGAUGGCCGUCCUUUUUACUUCAUCUGUCUUUCCAUCACUAGCUGACAGCAGACAGGGCGCGAUCUGUCUGUGGCCUCCUCCUCCUCCUCCUCCCUCUCUCCUCGGCCCCUCAGCCCUCCUCUCUGAGCACCGCUGUAACGAUUAGGUCAUGCUGAGAGAUUUGGUUGUGUGAUCACGAUGAGCAGCAGAUUUUGCUCCUUUUCUGUCUUUUGUUUAUUUGUUGUCCUUUUGUUCUUGUGCUGUAUGAAGACAUCUAUAGAGAGCUCUCAGUUUGUUAAGUUCAAUUAAAAAAAACACUUUUGAUAAGA